GUGUUUAGACAAGGAAUAAACUGAGGUUAACUUACUAAAAGUGUGUUUUGUGUUGCGGUAAUUAUACAGUUUAUUUUAUCGAUAUUUGAGGUGAAGCCCCUAAUUACCCAAAUCAAUAAUGGAUCCACUUACACAAAUGGAUUUAUAUGGAUUGCUUGGUGUAGAGCCAACAGCUUCUAUGCCAGAGAUCAAAAAGGCAUAUCGCAAGAAAGCUUUGACGUGCCAUCCCGACAAGAAUCCUGACAAUCCAAGAGCCGCGGAAUUAUUUCAGGAACUCUCUAAAGUACUGGAAAUAUUAACAGACCCAAAGGCCAGGGCAGCAUAUGAUCAAGCUAUCGCUGCCAGGAAGCAGGCGAAGGAACGCGUUAGACAAUUUGAUGCCAAGAGGAAAAAAUUGAAGGAGGACUUAGAGGCACGCGAGGAGGCCUAUAGGAGAUCAUGUGAGUCUGUGCCUGAGACUAAAUCCGACGGCGAACGAACAAAAGCGGAAGUGAAAAGAUUACAAGAAUGGUGGUACAAGCGAAUAGAAGAAGAGAUGUUCUUCACGCGAGAACUCUUGAAGAAGCUUUACGGCUCAUCGGACGCUUCAACGUCUAAUGUGGGAGACUUUCGAAUCAAGAUAAGAUGGAAGGUACAAGAUGGUGAUCAGACAAAUGGAUACAAUUAUGAUAAUCUACAUAAAAUGUUUUCCAAGUACGGGGACAUAGAGGGUCUUGUUAUAUCAUCUACAAAGAAAGGCAGCGCCAUGAUUGAAUUUAGAGAUAAGAGUGCAGCGGAAACAGCGCUCCAGACAGAAAUCGGUUUAGCCCAAAACCCAUUAACGCUACGUGCUCUGUGGGAUACACAGAAACGUUCAAGCGGUGUUGCGAGUAGCGCAAAUUCUAACGUUGAAAAGCCUACAUCUCCUGCAGCCGCACAUUUUAACAGCACGCCAUGUGGGUCUGUCAGUUUUCCUUCUGCACCUAAUAUAUUCACGCAGCAGGCAAGAAUGUCAGAUGCAGAGCUUGAAAGUACCGUAUUAGCUAAUUUAAGGAGAGCAGAAGAGCGCAAGAAGCUCAUAGAGGAACUGAAGGCAGAAGAAGGAACUUAAUCCCGGAACUAUCAAAAGAACUCAUCCGUUUGUGUAUUAAUUUUUUCUAUGUAAGAAAUAUAUCCAUAAUGAAAAAAGAUCUAUUCUUAAUAUUUAACUUUACUCAGCUCGUCAAAUGUAAAACGUAAUACAGUUGAAAUGGCAUUUAACGUGUAUCGUUUGCUCCACGCGUCGUUCGUUGUUAAAUAAUUUAUAAAUACAUUCUUCAAAUAUUAGCACCCUCUUUCAUGCUAGAAAAUGCUAUUUUUAAAUGCGUUUCUUGUAUUAAUCUCGUGCUCUGUAUUAUUUCACGUAUUAAGAAUCCAGACACAA